GUACAAGUUUUUUUGAAAAAAGUGCCAAAAAAUAAAACAAUUUAAAACCAAAAAUGGUCUCGACGAAAUUGUGUUUGCAAUUUUUGAUUGUUGCAUUUGUCGGAUAUACGACAAGUGCCCAACAAUACACAUGUCUAACCGAUGGCGAAAAAGAAACCACAACAUGCAAACUCAUCAACGAAUGUUACGUAAUUUACAACACAAAGUCAGGAACCACCAACUACGGUUGCCUAAUCAAGAUGACGAAUUCCCAAAGAAACUACUGUGCCAAAAAUCCACACAUGUGCAUAACUUGCACUGGAAAUAAUUGCAAUACCAAAGAUUUGAUGAAAAUGUGCAUCACUUGCACCUCCAAGGAGGACGAGAGAUGCACCACCGAUCCUCAGCAAUUGGCUAAAACUUCUGUCAGGCCUUGCAAUGGUGAUUGCAUUACACAUGUCCUUCCAGAUGGUACAAAUACAAGGGGUUGUAUGAAACCAACUGAUGACUGUGAUGAUAUGAAAUGCCAGGAGUGCAAAGGUAACCUUUGUAAUGUCGAUGUUUUCCCAAGAAAUCGCAGGGUUUGCAACGCUAAAGAUGAUGCCAAGGAAGUUUGUCUCAAGCCACAAGAUACUUGUUUGAGUAUUUUAAAUGCACAAGGUGAUGCCAUAAAAUUAGGGUGCACCAGCAACCUGUUCAAGAACCAGAAUCUGAAAAAAAUGUGCGAGAAAAAACCAGAACGUUGCCCAACUUGUGACAAAAACGAAUGCAAUGGUGAUGCCAAAAAACACGAAUGUGUUUCUUGUGAUGAAAAUGAUGAAAAUUGCCUUGACGACCCUGAAAAAGUCGAGACGAAGACCAAAUGCAUGGGCAAAUGCUACUUAGAUAUUGACGGAGAUAAAGUGAAGAGAGGCUGCACCGACACCUACAAAUGCGAUAAGGAAACUUGUCUGGAAUGCGAGGAAGAGAUUUGCACGAGCGAAAUGUGCUAUGCGUAAAUUGUUUAAAUAAUUUUUGCAAUUUUUAAGUGAGUUUUAAAUAAAAUUUAUCAAUUAAA